AGCUCCCUCCUUCUCCACUCUCUCUGUUUCAACAAACUCUCUCUCUCUCUCUCUCUCUCUCACUCCCCCCCCCCCCCCCCCCCCUCUAAUUCUCUGCACUCUCAAUCCCUCCAUUAUUCCUUCUCCAACACAAGCCGCUAUACUCUCUCCGCCAUAAAUUUAUACGUAUGCGAGAGUAUCUAUACAAAUCCACUUGUUUUUCUAGAUCUUUACCGCAUUUUAUGGAUCUGCAACCCCACACCACACUCACGCUGUCUUGAUUUUUCUCUCUCCUAGGGUUUUGAUUUUGACUGACCGUUUACUCUCUCAAUGAACAAUGCUUGACACUGAACGCGACUGUGAGCUCAGCCGGAGCUCCUCGAACAUCCCUUGGAUCUCCGGCAAGCUUCAAGGUCGUCGGUUUUGACAAUGCUUUUGCUCGGAUUCUGGAUUUUGGUUUGAGUCAAGAUGCAUACCUUGGCGACAUCGCUGCUUGUUCUUUGCUUGUCUAGCUUUGUUUUUACUUGUUUAGGACAUCCAUUACUUCAUAUGUAUUUGUCUCCUUCUUUGCAACCAAGCUGGCCAUUAUCUGUGAAAGACAUUUUUGUGAGACAUGGAAUGUCAGCUGCAAUGAAAGUGUCAUUUGCUCGACCACGGCCAUCUCGAAAUCACGUGGUUAAGCCUUCUUUGGGCCCUAUCCUCUCACCUGCAACUUCUUUGGUGCAUCAAGCUCUCCCCCCUGUUCCUAGCAGUGCACCCUUACCAAGACAUCAUGGUGGUCAUCAUCAUCGCCAUGUGAAACCUGUAGUGACUGCUCCAUUCCCUUCAGAAGAGCAAAGCUGUGAUCAAAUAUGCACAGAGCCACUCACUGCAUCUCUCUCUGGCUCACCUUGUGGCUGUGUUUAUCCUAUGAAAGUUAGACUUCUCCUAGAUGUGGCUCCAUAUGCUGUUUUUCCUGUAAUGAGAGAGCUAGAGAGUGAAGUUGCAGCAGGCACGUAUCUGGAACAGAGUCAAGUGAUAAUAAUGGGUGCAAGUGCUGACAGUCAGAAUCAGGGGAAAACUGUCGUGGAUAUCAACUUGGUUCCACUUGGAGAGAAGUUUGAUAAUACUACUGCAAUACUUACAUAUGAUAGAUUUUGGAAAAACAAAAUGCCUUUAAAUAUAACUCUUUUUGGUAAUUAUGAAGUAAUAUACAUUAGUUAUCCAGGGAUUCCUUCUUCACCACCAUAUCCAAACUACACGGGGAGUGGUCCUAGUGGAAGUGCAGGAGAUCUCCCCAUUACUGCUAAUUUUGUGAGCAAGACCCAGAGGAUGAAUCUUAGAACCAUCACCACCAUUGCUCUGUCAGCAUUUGUGGUUUUAGUGGUUUGCAUUGGGGCAAUUGCUGUUGUUGUGAAAUGGAGGAAGUCUGGAAGACCAUCAAGUGCUGUUGGUCCGGCAUGUAGAUCCUCUAUAAAUAAAAGAUCUGGCAUUGGGUCUUUCUUGUCAAGCAGCAUUGCAAGCUCAACACCAAUGUCCCUCAUGUCCAACAUGGCUACUUGUAUGCUCUCCGUCAAAACCUUUUCAUUCGCUGAGCUUGAGAAGGCAACAGACAAGUUCAGUUCAAAGAGGAUUUUAGGUGAAGGAGGAUUUGGACGUGUUUACCGCGGGAGUAUCGAAGAUGGAACUGAAGUUGCUUUUAAGCUGCUUACAAGGGACAAUCAGAAUGGAGACCGUGAAUUUGUCGCUGAAGUUGAAAUGUUAAGUCGAUUGCAUCAUCGAAACCUUGUGAAACUUAUUGGCAUAUGUAUUGAAGGGCGCACACGCUGCUUGGUGUAUGAACUUAUUCGGAAUGGUAGUGUGGAAUCGCACUUGCAUGGUGUUGACAAGAAUAAGGGACCUCUUGACUGGGAUGCACGGUUGAAGAUUGCCCUUGGAGCAGCUAGGGGAUUGGCCUAUCUUCACGAAGAUUCUAACCCUCGUGUAAUUCAUCGAGAUUUUAAGGCUAGUAAUGUUUUACUAGAAGAUGACUUCACCCCCAAGGUCUCUGAUUUUGGCUUGGCGAGGGAAGCAACGGAAGGAAGUCAUCAUAUAUCUACUAGGGUCAUGGGAACUUUUGGGUAUGUUGCCCCUGAAUAUGCAAUGACAGGACAUUUACUUGUAAAGAGUGAUGUCUACAGUUAUGGGGUUGUGCUGCUUGAGCUUCUGUCUGGAAGAAAACCUGUGGAUAUGUCCCAACCUCCGGGACAGGAAAAUUUAGUGACUUGGGCACGCCCGCUGCUAACUACUAGAGAAGGAUUGGAGCAGUUGGUGGAUCCUUCCUUGGCAGGAAGCUAUGACUUUGAUGACAUGGCUAAAGUGGCAGCCAUUGCUGCCAUGUGUGUUCACUCAGAGGUGACUAAUAGGCCAUUCAUGGGUGAAGUUGUCCAGGCUCUGAAACUGAUAUACAAUGACACAGAUGAGACUUGUGGAGACUACUGCAGUCAAAAGGAGUCCUCUGUUCUGGAAUCUGACUUCAAAUGUGAUCUUGUUCCGUCGGACAGUAGCUGGUGGAAUGCUGGCGGGACAUCCCCUCGGUUAACUUAUGGGCAGGCCUCAUCCUUCAUUACGAUGGAUUACAGUUCCGGUCCACUUGAAGAGAUGGAAAGCAGACCGUUUUCAGCUUCAAGUUUAGCUGGGGAUCACCUGUCUUUGCCAAUUAGACACAUGAACCGUUCCGGCCCCUUGAGAACUGUAAGAAGUAAACCAGCCUUCUAUAGAUUAAGGGGCAGCGUGAGCGAACACUGGGGGCUCCUGUCACGGCGUUUUCGGAAUGAUGGAUACUGGGUUUGAGGUUUUCUUUUAAGACUUUUUGAAGUGUACAGUUCAGGAGGACCAGUAGAUUUCAGUUUAACGGUCGAAUGAUGUAGUUUAGGUGUUUGGUAUUCAAGGGGUUUCCAUGUCUGGAGAGAUAAGAGAGACCCUUUCUUCUGAUUUUGAAAAUCCUGAUUCAUACUACACAAAAGUUGGAGAUGUAAGAAUAAUACUCCUUGUAUUGUAUAUCCAUUUAAUUGUUAUUACGGUCCAAUGCUGUACCAGUUACCGAA